CUGUGCUUACGUCAUCCUGCAGUAGAGGGGAUGGGAAUCAGAGAGAGCGAAAGAGCGAGGAAGCCGGGCUGGAGAGCAUACGAGAAGCCACUGCAAGUCCCCCACCUCCGCCACCCAGGUUGGGGUCUGCCCAGGUCUGCUCUAUGGACUAGUGUGGGCGGCAGGCUCCUUCUGUCUCUGCCCUGCUGCCCUCUCUCUUCCCUCCCCUCCUUGGAGGUCCCCUGCAUCCCUCCCCCAAGGAGCAGUAAGUGGGCUUGAGGCUCCCAGGGGAGAGCAAUCGCCUGGCCCUGCCCUGCUCUUUACCACACCACACCAUGACCCUCCUGCUGCUGCCCCUCUUGCUGGCCUCCCUUCUUCCAUCCAGCUCCUGUAACAAAGCCAACAAGCACAAGCCAUGGAUUGAGGCGGAAUACCAGGGCAUCGUCAUGGAGAAUGACAACACGGUCCUGCUGAACCCACCACUCUUCGCCUUGGACAAGGACGCCCCCCUGCGCUAUGCAGGUGAGAUCUGUGGCUUCCGGCUCCAUGGGUCUGGGGUGCCCUUCGAGGCUGUGAUCCUGGACAAGGCAACAGGAGAAGGGCUGAUUCGGGCCAAGGAGCCAGUGGACUGCGAGGCCCAGAAGGAGCACACUUUCACCAUCCAGGCCUAUGACUGUGGCGAGGGCCCUGAUGGAGCCAACACCAAGAAGUCCCACAAGGCGACCGUUCAUGUGCGUGUCAAUGAUGUGAAUGAGUUUGCCCCCGUGUUUGUGGAGCGGCUGUACCGAGCUGCAGUGACUGAGGGGAAGCUGUAUGACCGCAUCCUGCGGGUGGAAGCCAUUGAUGGUGACUGCUCCCCCCAGUACAGCCAGAUCUGCUACUACGAGAUCCUCACACCCAACACCCCCUUCCUCAUUGACAAUGAUGGGAACAUUGAGAACACAGAGAAGCUGCAGUACAGCGGGGAGAAGCUCUACAAGUUUACGGUGACAGCUUAUGACUGUGGGAAGAAGCGGGCGGCAGAUGACGCCCAGGUGGAGAUCCAGGUGAAGCCCACCUGUAAACCCAGCUGGCAAGGCUGGAACAAAAGGAUUGAAUAUGCACCAGGUGCCGGGAGCUUGGCUUUGUUCCCUGGUAUCCGCCUGGAGACCUGUGAUGAACCUCUCUGGAAUAUUCAGGCCACCAUAGAGCUGCAGACCAGCCAUGUGGCCAAAGGCUGUGACCGAGACAACUACUCCGAGCGGGCAUUGCGGAAACUCUGUGGUGCUGCCACUGGGGAGGUGGAUCUGUUGCCCAUGCCUGGCCCCAAUGCCAACUGGACGGCAGGACUCUCAGUGCACUACAGCCAGGACAGCAGUCUUAUCUACUGGUUCAACGGCACCCAAGCUGUGCAGGUGCCCCUGGGUGGCACAGCUGGGCUGGGCUCGGGGCCCCAGGACAGCCUCAGUGACCACUUUACCCUGUCCUUCUGGAUGAAGCACGGUGUAACUCCCAAUAAGGGCAAGAAGGAAGAGGAAACCAUCGUGUGUAACACUGUCCAGAAUGAGGACGGCUUCUCUCACUACUCACUGACGGUCCAUGGCUGCAGGAUUUCCUUCCUCUACUGGCCUCUGCUGGAGAGUGCUCGCCCAGUCAAGUUCCUCUGGAAGCUGGAGCAGGUCUGCGAUGACGAGUGGCACCACUAUGCUUUGAACCUUGAGUUCCCCACAGUCACACUCUAUGCUGAUGGCAUCUCCUUUGACCCUGCUCUCAUCCAUGACAAUGGUCUUAUCCACCCACCCCGAAAGGAACCUGCUCUCAUGAUCGGGGCCUGCUGGACUGAGGAGAAGAACAAGGAGAAAGAAAAAGGUGGAGACAACAGUACGGAUGCCACACAAGGAGACCCCUUGCUGAUCCACCACUACUUUCAUGGCUACCUGGCUGGUUUCAGCGUGCGCUCAGGCCGCCUGGAGAGCCGCGAGGUCAUCGAGUGCCUCUAUGCAUGUCGGGAGGGGCUGGACUAUAGGGAUUUCGAGAGCCUGGGCAAAGGCAUGAAGGUCCACGUGAACCCCUCGCAGUCCCUGCUCACCCUGGAGGGGGAUGAUGUGGAGACCUUCAACCAUGCCCUGCAGCAUGUGGCUUACAUGAACACUCUGCGCUUUGCCACGCCUGGCGUCAGGCCCCUGCGCCUCACCACUGCCGUCAAGUGAGUGUGGGGUGGGGUGGGCAAGUCACAGAGU